CCUCACAGUCUGUCCUCUGAGUUUAUCACUGUUGACAACUACUGGGCGCUCACCACUUCCAGUUUUCAUCUGUUUUAUACUUGCUUGAAUAACUCAGUAAGGCAUCUCGAAAUGCCCCAACAAAUUCAUUGGACUUCGUUUGGUAUCCCAUAUGUGGUCGAGUUCAACAACAUAUCGUUCGCGCCUCGUAGAACCCCAUCUCCUUCAGAAGAUACACUCACGAGCUUUCCUCCACCAGAGAAUUCUGCUUCUGUCUCGGAGCAAUCUCUGACCUACUCAUGCCCAUCUGCCACGAGCUCGACAUCUUCUUUUUGUCAUAUCUCGCAAUGCAUGCUGGAAUCCCCACUACAGACUCGCUCAUCCAUCUCGCGCCUUACAUCCUUAUCUCGUUCCGCGCCUGGUAUGCGGUCAGCGUCCUUCAUUCUUCAAGCGGAAACACCAGAAAUCUCAUCCAAGCACACGCAAACCUUACUCUACAAGCCAAAAUGCAUCUAACAACCCAAUCGACACGUGGUGUUGUAUACCCGCCCACGUUCCGAAACCCCUCCCCCCCGUGCCUCAGCAAGAGCCUGAAGGCGUCCAUGUGGACGGGCUCCACAUACAAUUUGCCACGCCCCCAUACGAUCCGCGUGCAUCAUCCCGCAGCCGACUUGUGCGUCUGCAAAAGACGAUUUCUAGCGCAGUUGUCGAGGCAGGCAUGGAUACUCCCUCCUCAGCUCGAGGAGCAGACGGAUGUCUCAACAAACGUUCCUGCUCAUCGUACUCGCGACACACUGUUCCGCGGGACAUAUGGCCAGGUCAUGGUCGCUCUCAAAGCAGCAGGCCUUAUUGCGACGCCAUGUAUGGAGGGCGAUAUUGCAGGAUGCUACGCGUUUGGGCGCGCUUUUUGUUGCACAUAGAUCCUCAGAGGAGCGGAAUGUACAGCUAAGAAAGUUGACACUAUGGGGCUAACUGCCGGUCAGAAUGUAACCCCUGAACAUGCGCUAUUUAUGCCCCUCGGACGAUGUUAAAUCUACCAUCGAGGAAUAUCUUGAUAUUUGGUAGAUAUUCGUGGCAAGGCAAAGCCCUUUCCAGAAAUCCCAUACUGGCGAUCCAAGUUCGUUCGUCCAAAUCUGAAUUGUCCGUCCAUCGCAGAUACAUUUAUUUAUACCCCACUUGGAGGGGCACUCAUACUCCGAG